CUCCUGCAUCUGUCCCCUCCGCCCCUCCGCCGUACCCGCCCCCUCCGCCGUACCCGCCCCCGCCGCUCCUUUCGCCUCCUCGCUUGGGCCAAAAAUUUUCACAGCCCCUGCCCCCUGUCCCGGGACACUACCAUGACCAAGGCAUUGAGCGUUUUCGUGACGGUUGGCACGACCAGAUUCGACAUGUUGAUCCAGGCGAUCUCCGACCCGGCCUUCCACAUUUCGCUGAUCGACCUCGGUGUGCAAGCCCUCUGUGUCCAGGCAGGCGUCAGCCCCUGGCCCGGCGAUCCGGUCCUUCCCCUAUCAACGACUGUCGUCCACAAUGGCCGGGCUCUGGCCAUCCAGGUGGUCGACUAUCUGCCUUCCUUGACCGAAUCGUAUGACAGCGCGGAUUUGGUGAUUUGCCAUGCCGGUGCUGGUACCAUUUUCGAGGUCCUACGUCAUCCGCGGCGCCCGCGCGUCAUCACGGUGCCCAAUCCCACCCUCAUGCAUGGUCAUCAGUCGGAGCUGGCUGGAGCCAUGGAGGCUGAGGGGUACUUGUUUUCGGCAACCACCAGUACUGUAUGUCAGACCGCCCUCCGAGUUCUGGGCGACAUUGUCACCCUUCAACACAGCCCCGGGAGGGAGGCGGUCUCAGCGCCGAAAGAGCUGCCGCCCCCUCCGCGAGGUGUCCUCGCACAGAUCUUUUUCGAGGAAUUGGCACACAUCCCUCAGUAGCAUGGUAAUGGAACAGCCUUCCCCUUCGCCUUCGCUUCAGAUGUCUUGCCGGGAGGCGAAAUGCACUCACAUGUGGGGGGAAUA